AUGAGCUCAAGACGCCGUUCUACGCGUGCCGCCAAGGCCCCUGAGCGGCUUGAUUCCACGCCAGCCACGCCCAAAAAGCGUGCAAGCAAGACGCGUUCAGCAAGGGCCACCACCAGCAACAAGCGCCAAAAGACGCCGAGACGCACGGCUGCGCAGCAGAGCCGCGUCAGCGACGACGAUGACGACGAGAGCGCGUCAGAGGUAGCCGAUUCGGAUAACGAGGAUGAUCUUGACGAGACCAGCGAUUAUGAGGCCAGGUCGAAGCUGGCUUCACGCACUCCUCGCAAGCAGAUAACUGCAGCAAAGAAGCCGAGGGCCACGCCGCAGCAACAGCAGCAGCAGAAGAAGAAGAAGAAGAAGCAGGCAGACAAGGCCGCCGAGGCUCCGACUGGCGCAGACAUGGAGAUCACAGCCGACGAGUCGCUGCUGCUUUCGACGAUCCAGGACGACAAAGUCGCGUUGGCCCAGGUUGCAUCCGACUGGAUUGACUCGUACCGCGACAACAUUGAUGAGGCGCUAUGCGAGCUUAUCAACUUUGUGCUCAAGCUCGCGGGCUGCCCCAGCAAGAUCGCCGAAGGGGCGGUGUACGAUGCCGACGAGAUUGGCUCGGUGCUCGAAGGCUUGCAGAAGCAGUGCAUCGCGGUGCUGAAGCAAGGCGGGGCGUCGAGCGCGGAGAUUGCCGACGGGCUACUGAUGGGCAAGACCAAAGAGCAGCGCAAGUUUCGCAAGAACACGCUUCAGUUUGUGGCCAAGGUGGUUGAGAUCGGCCAGCACCAGCUUGUCUUUGACCAGAUCAACGAGGAGAACAGCCUGUCGACGUUCACCGAGAUCCUGCUGCAGUGGCUGGUCAAUAUGGCUGGGUCCUCGUAUCGCCCAUUCAGGCACAUCGCAACGCUGAUCACCAUGGCUGUUCAAUCGGCGCUGGUGGGCAUUCGUGUGCGCAUCAGCGCUGAGCAGCAGACGACGCACCGUCAGCUUGAGGCAGAGCAGAGUCGCUUGUUCAAGUCCAGACGCAGCAACCGCGAGUCGGCUCGUGGCGAACAGCUGCGCACGCGUGUCGCCACCCUGACAGAGCAGGACGAGCUGGCAGAGGCUGCAUUCAAGGCGUUCUACGACACCGUGUUUAUCUACCGCUACCGCGAUGUACAUGCGAUCAUCCGCUCGGAAUGUCUGGUGCCGCUAGCGUCGUGGUGCCGCGCCUACCCGGCAUCUUAUCUGGAUACCGAGUAUUUGCGCUACAUGGGCUGGUCGCUCAACGACAGAGACCCUCGUGUGCGCGAAGUCGCACUGCUGGCGAUUGCCGGUCCACUGAUCCAGGGAAGGCCCAGCACCAGCAACCAGGGAACAGUGGGUAGCGGUGUGGGCACGCUGAGCGGCGUCGACUCGGUUUCUGAGGACUCGAUUACCGAGGGCAUCCGACCGUUCAUUGUGCGGUUCCUGCCCCGGCUGGUUCAGAUAGCCGUGGGCGACGUGGACACCAGGGUGCAAGUUGCUGCACUCAAACUGUUGUCGCUUCUGGGUAAGCACGACUACCUUGAUCCGACCGCACGUAUCGGCGAUAUCCGGUAUGCGAAGCGCCAGGCGGGCAGCAAUGGGGAAGGCUCGACCAAACCCAAGAAGAAGAGCACCAGCAAGCGCAAGGCGAGCAAGCGCAGCCGCGGAUCGUACAAGAACUCGCUGUCACAGCAAAUGCUCGAGGAGUCAAGCAGUGAGAGCGACAGCGAUGACGACGAAGAAGGUGAAGGCGAGGAUAACAACACGGCCACCAACAACCUGAGCGACGCGGAUCCCAGCAUGCUGCAUCUGCAGACACUGUACAGCAACAACGAGGACUUGGAGGAUAAUGCGCUGCCUUGCCCGCACCACACGGUAAUGACGUACCUGGCACCGCUUGUCGCACACACACACGCCACGGUUCGUGCAGCGGCUGCAGAUAUGGUUGCAUGGUGGAUCAGGCAGGACUGGAUUACUUCAGCGCACACUAUGGCCUUUGGUGUUGAUUCGGCAUUAAAUGGUAGCGGACUGAACCUCGAUGACGAAAGUGAAGAGGUGGAGCCAGCCAGGGAUGCCGAUGACGACGAGGACAUGCCGCAGGUGACUGACGACAUGGGCGGUCUGGAGGGCGACGCCAGCGCCACCAUCACCGAUAUUCUCGAGACUCCGGCCAGAAGGAAGCGCGCUAAGAAAUGGCUUCUGUACAAGUCGCUGGGUGCCUUCCUAUGGCGCCUGGCGUAUGCAGAUCAGCAGAAAGCGCGCGAUACCAGUGACACAGCCGACGUCGAUGGGAUGGAUGCUGAGGCCAAGCAGCAGUGGGUGCUUGAGCAGGCGGCGUCACGCAUCGAGGAGAUCUGGUCCACACCCGCUUCGUCUCUUGGGUUUUCGCUGAGCGAGGAGACUGUGGCUGCCCUCGCGGGCUGUACCAUCGGAGAUACUCCGGCAACGCCUCUUGAUGCGGAGAUCGAAAGGGCUGUGGGCGCCAACACCGGAACAGUGCUCCCGCGGCUGGUUGCAGCGGCGCAGGCACUCUACCACAAGCUGCCUGAGCUCGCUGAUGUCGAUACCAUCUCGUCAUUCUUGACCUGGGACCACUCGACACGGGCUACUAGCAGCGGAGAGCCAGUAGCACUCUCGCGCUUCUCAUUAGCCCCGGCUGAGGAGACGGCGCUGCUGCAGUCGUAUGCGGUAUGGGUGCUGGAGCGCAGCAAAACAAUCAGCGACAAGCUCAAGCGGGUGCGCAACAAGAAGGAGAAGGCUGAUUUGGAGGACGAGCUGCGGGCGCCGUCCAAGCAGUGGCAAUCGACAAUGGUACCAUUGCUUGAGCGUAACAUUGACAGCCCAGCCAGGCUCCUUCCGCUGGUUUUCUUGGCCGCUGAGUCGCUGGAUCCACAGGUUCUGUUUGACGCAAACAGGACAGCAGCGCUGCAGGACAUUGCCAGGAACCUGAUGCUGGUGCUCGAUCGCUAUGGUGGCAACGUGCGGCUGGCGCGGCUGGUUGUCGGCUUCUUGGAGCGUGUCGAUGCGACUAAGAUUCUGCGUGUAGCCGAUGAAAUGGCCGAGGACACUGAUGGCCAAGGGCGGACACCGGCAGCCACUACGCCCGGUCCGCUGGUCAGCAAGGCAGCGCAGUCGACCGUUGCUGCGCUGUCAACAGCUGUAGCUGCUGUGCCUGAGACUGGUGUUCGCGCCAGCUCCUCUGCAUAUGCCGACGUUUACGCCCGCGUUGUCGCCCUGCGCUCGUUUAUCCAUACCAAAGACAUUUCGGCGCUGAUGGCCGCCAGCGGCGAGUCUCCUGGAACCAUGAAUGAGCACAUGGACAUCUGCGAUCGCUCUCCCGAGUGUGCCAUUGAGCAAGUUUUUGCGUUACUCGCCUCGGCAGCACGGAGCCUCAGCUCGCAAACAGUGCCUGAGAGCACAGCUUUGGCCGCACUCGACACUGCGUAUCACUUCCUGCUCUGGCGCGCGCUGAAUCUUGACAGGCUGCUUGUACAAGGAUCUGGCAAACCCUACAGCGAUGCUGACCCGACGCCAUUCUGGCAGCGCGUCGACGCAUCUGCCAAACAACUUGUGUGCGAUCGCGACACACUUGUUGCAAACUGCAUGGAGCUGGCCGACAUCACUGGUACAAACUACCGGCGGCUGCGCGAGCUGGCAUUCACCGUGCUGGGCAACACGACCAAGCUGUUUACUGGCAGUCUGGCACGCCGCCCUGCAGAGCCGGCUGUCGAAUCUGCGGCCAUCCGCCACACUGCAGCACUGCGUCGCACGCUGAGCAUGCCCAGCAGCUUCUCAGUGCAGCAGCGACUCGCACAGUUCUUUGGCCACAAGGUGUCGACGUGGUCUGGCCUGCUGUCGUCGCUGUCAGGAUAUGAGCCUGAGCUUUCUGGAGACCUGGCUGCCACUGCACCUUGGUACCAGGCAGCGCCAUCAUCGUGGAGCACAGCUUACGCACGGUUCUGCGGGCAGUCGGCCGAUUGGGCCCAGUGGCUCGGUGCGCGCAUCGUGCCUGCUGCACAGCUCUCGCUGCUUGCCGCUCAUACCGGCAUGCUCGGACUCGAGCCAUUAGAGAAGAGGCAGCAGUAUGCGGUGGAUGGUGACCAGGCCAAGCACCACCACAGGCCGCGGCGUAUUGCUGGAUUCGUCACACUGUCUGCAUUUGACCAUAUCGUUCAGGCAGCCGUGGACGCACUGAAGCCGACUCUGGUCGUCCAGAGCAGUCGCGAAUCAGCUAUGACCGCUUACGAAUCAGCUAUGCGUGCGUGCCACCAGACAAAUUUAGCGACUGCCGAUUCACCUAUGGCAGACUCUGUCAACGUGGCAACGCUGGCUCGCUUUAUAGCCACUGCGCUGAAGACUGUCUCACCAGCCACUAGCCGUGCUACAGCUGCGGAUGCUCCGAGUUUCGUGCUUGCACCCGUGGUUAUCGGCAACGAGUGGGUCAAGCACCACAAGCAAGCCAUUGAUUUCGGUCUCUCGCUCGCAAUUCCUGCGGCAGCUGAGGCGGAGAACGGUGAUGCCGGCAUUCAGUCCCGGGAACCUGCCAGCAGUGAGACCUGGGAGACCAAGGCAGCGCCGUGGUUUGUCGCUCUGAGCCAGACUGUUGCAGGCAUUCUGAGACCGCGCCAUGCCGAAACCCUGAAUCGGCACCUGGAUGCGGAGCUCAAAAAGCACAGGCUGAUCCAAGGCAGCGACGAUACGGCUGAGGACUGUGAGCACGCGAUUAAUGCGGUUGCGUCCUACCAGAAGGCUCUGGACAAGGAGCUGGCAAAGCUGAGCGCUAUUAAUGCGCGCAUGGCUGAGGUGCGUGCAGCUACUGAGCCCGUGCUUGAGAUGCCCACGUCAGACGGCAUGGAUGUUGACGAGUAG